AUGGCUCAAACCAACCAGCUGCCGCCGCUAGUGGGGUCGCCGCCGGUGGUGGUGAUGGAGGCGGAGUCCGGUGGCCGCUCUUCCACACCCCACUCUAUCGAGACCCUCGUGGUGGUGCUGGCCGUCAUAACCAUACUCGGGGUCGUGGCCGGAAUAAUUGCCCGGCUAUGCGGCGGCCGGCACCUGGGGUCCCACGGCGACCACGACGUGGAGGGAUGGGUCGAGAGGAGGUGCCGGAGCUGCAUCGACGGCGGCGUCGCCACGGAGCCACCCAAGGCAGCGGCGGCGGCUGAAGAGGCGAAGAAGUGA